AUGGCCCCAAAAGAAGACAGCAAACAACAUCCAAUGCCAGCACUCAAAAACAGUCCUGGUGACCUAUCUCUUCAACCUGAAGAUCUCCAAAAAUGCAGCUGGGAUCAGCUCUUGGAAAUGUUCUCCAGUGCAUUGAAGGAACAUGAACAACUCGAUAAAGAUCUUCAGCAUCAGACGAUGGAAUUACUUAAGAUAUUUGAAAUAUGGACACAAGUUACUGUUUCUCGUGAUGAGGAUCGGUCGUAUAAAAGAUUUCAGACACGAAUGCAACACGUCCAGAAUUCUGAACGGGAGCUAGAAGAGAAAAAGGAGCACUAUGCGAAUGUUGUCAAAGCAUUCGAGAGUGCAUUGGCGCUGCUUAAAUAG